AUGAUCAUCAACCACAAUGUGGUCAAUGAAGAGAGGAGGAAACCACUGAACGAUCUGUGCAAGACGCGAUGGGCUGAGCGGCAUUCGGCUUAUCAGCACUUCUACCAAGGGUACGUAUUUGUGGUUGAAGCUCUAGAGAUGAUAGCUUUUCGCUUUCAAUUGGAGAAAUGUGGGACUACGUAUGCUGACUGGGACUAUGCAGGCCGCAAUGAAGCACAGCAGAUUCUGGCUAGUGUUACUUCCUUUCACUUUGUUGUUGUGUUUGCGACGACAUAUCAGUACUUAUCACACCUUUCGGGCAUUACCGUGAAGCUGCAGAGCAAAGCUGUUGAUAUCGUGAAAGCGCAUAACAUGAUAUCUGAAAUUGCGAGGACCUACAACAGAGAGCGCGCAAACGUUGAAAGCAGCUUUUCUCAAAUCUACAAAGUUAGUUCAGACAUGGCAAAAAAGGUUGAAAGUACAACUGCAAUGCCUCGCAUUGCAGCAAGGCAACAAAAUCGCAGCAAUAUUCCAGCUGCUUCUGUUCAAGAGUAUUUUCAGAGAAAUGUUGCAAUUCCCUUUCUCGAUCAUUUUAUUAUUAGCAUCAACCGGCAGUUCUCAAAGUCAGCAGUCACAGCCAUUUCCCUACUCGGUCUUGUACCAAGUAUCAUAUGUUCGCAAGAUGUCAACCUGGAGGAGGCGCUGAUCAAGUACAGAGAUGAUCUGCCAUCGCCUGAAUUCAUGGACGUGGAACUCAGGCGCUGGAGGAACAGGUAUAUGGCGAUGCUCCGUGAGAAGAGACCGUGCUCACCAGCAAAAGCCAUCAAAGAAUGUGACGCCACUGACUUCCCAAACAUCUCAGUUCUUUUGACCAUCGCCUGUAUCAUACCUGUCACCGCGUGUAAAUGUGAGAGAAGCGCCAGUGAUUUACGACACCUAAACAACUAA